GGCGACUUAAUUCCGAAGUGUCACAAAAUUUCCCCUCGGCCCGAGCACAUCGCUUUAUAAAGUAACGUGAGAUUUGCUUUGUCUUAGUUCAGUUUGCACUUUAAGACCCGAUCCACUGCCGAAUGUCAUGUUGUCCAAAUUCGAUUUUCAACGCUUCCAGCUCGUCUUCCUCCUCCUUUUCAUUGUCUCUUCCGCCUGCGCCGAAGAGUACCAAAUCGUGACGACCUGGGACAACAGAACCAUCGAUCACGCCGACAAGCCCGUCAUCGUCCAACUGGAUCGCAAAGACGCCUCGUCUUUCAAAAUCUCUGUCGCCGCUCCUUUUUUCAAAGAUCCUCCAAAACCGCCCGGUGAAGUUGGUGAGCCUUUCUACGGCCUAUGGGACUACGAAGUGGUCGAAGUGUUUUUCCUCAACGACCAGGACCAGUACGUCGAAAUCGAAUUAUGCCCAUGGGGUCAGCACAUUGUUUUACUGUUGAACGGCUACCGAAAGAUGAUCCGCCACAGUUUGUUCAUCGAUUUCAAAGUCACCAAUCAGACUGGAGAUUAUUGGAAAGGCGAGGCCAUCAUUCCGGCCGAUUUGCUUCCGCCCAACGUGACUAAAAUGAACGCUUACGCCAUUCACGGCUCGGGUGACAAGACGGUCUACGAGUCCCUCUAUCCUGUCCCGUUCAAUUCGACCGCCGGAGCUGAUUUCCAUAAACUGGACGCCUUCCAACCGUUCGAUCGGAACAUUAUUUUGACGACAGAUGUCAGCAGUUAUUCACAAACAUGGACCGACUCAUUCGAAGGGAUUCGGAGAUUGAAAAUCGAUCACACUUGGAACGGAGCAUUUCUGGGCGAGAAAGAAGCGGUGGAUUUGGAGAUUGAAACUCGAUCCGGCACGGGAUUGGUGGUCAAAGUCAGCGCUCCUUUUUACGACGACGUUCCGCCACCGCCCGGCCCCAGCGGAUGGCCGUUUAAUUCCCUUUCCUCGUACGAGUUUACCAGUUUGUUUCUGGUAGGAGGAAACAACGUCGAAGCCCUUGAAGUUCAACUUGGGCCUUGGGGCCAUUACGACGUUAUUUUCUGGAGCGGAAGUUCAAAUCUGAGCUAUUUCCAUCCGGAAAUUGUUUAUCAAGUGGACUGGCAGAAUAGUACCGAGGGCAAGCGCUGGAUAGGCACUGCCAUGAUCCCAUUCGCCUAUCUCCCGCCUAAAGUGUUUAAAUGCAACGCCCAUUCGGCUCACGGACCAAGUGAAUCACGUCAAAUCAACAGUUUGUAUCCGACCAGUGGAAUCUUGCCGCCAAACCUUCAUAAUCAAAACUCUUGCAAAGCCAUCGAUAUGACGACCAUUUACCCGGGCAACGACAACGCAACAUGUUCUGACGUGUGGACCGGCAAAGUUCGCAACUGUCCCGUUCCUUACAGCGCCGGCCACACCCAAACGGCCAAUCAUUUGGCAUUGCUGUUGGCCAUCGCCUCGAUCGCUUCCUUUAUCUUGUAAAUAUUUCCCCCCUCAAACAUUUACUCAUAAAAUUUACAUUUUUCUAUUUAAUCAAAUUAAAUUGAUGUAAUUAUUUCAAUUAUCAAAUGAUUCCAAUGAAUUUUGAAUAAUUAAAAACGAAUGACGACAUGUUGUGACCGUCAAGGCCUCAUCAAAAGUCAAAUAGAAAAAGAAAUGUGGCUGUGUGCAAUCGUGUGAGAUAAUCGCUGCUGCGGGAGUAGUCUAUACUCCGUCUUGCAUUUCCUGUUUUUGGGAUGAUGUACGUCGCGUGGAAUCUUGGCGCCAUUCUUCCGCCUUUUGCAGCAGCAGAGCACCAAUAAGGAGAAAUUGAAAAAGAAAACAUUUCGUAUCGUGAUGAAAACGGACCAGCGUGAAGAGGAGAUGACCAUGAAAACGCUGAUGAAGAAACCACCAGCGCCAUUUAGAUGUGUGUUGGAUUCAAUGCCCUCUUAUCUUAGGGCAAUAAGCGUGUAGUAUAGUAAAAAAAGAUGUGACGCAAAAUGCAUCAAAGGCAAUAGAAGAGCAGAGGUUGUGGGUGUUGGUGGCGGACGAUAGUUGUAUAAGAUUAGCCUGCCACCACCACCAGAGUCAAGGUUGUAAUAGAUACGCCUGCUACUAGUACUGAUGCUGCUGGCUAUUAGAAUAGAAUAUUAGAGCUGCCGUUUCGGUGCACUCGACCAUCAGUCACAUUCCUUCUCAACUUCCGACCGGUUGGUUGCCACCCCAUCCAUCGUUAUUCUUUGAUAACUUCCGGCCUUCCCGAACAAUUAUUAUGUCAAACAAUAUCAGAUGGACGCUGGCGUUGGUACUGGUCACGAUGGUUUCGUGGCUGGUGAUGAUGGCUGAUCUCCAGCGCAUCCAGGAGAAUCCCAAUCGGCUUUUCCUUCAAGCCCGGCCGCCGACCAUCGAUCACCGAAAUCGCACCGGCUAUCGCGGCCAGCUCAACAUCCCCCAAUCCUUUGCCGGACUCAAAGUCGCCCCGUCCAUUUACCGAUGGAUGAACGGCCUCUACGGAGGCGCAGCUGUCACAAGGAUCGGAGUGACAGUGGCUGAGGGUCCCAGUCCUUCGCUGGAGAGGCGAGUGCCGUGUUGCUCCGGCUACUUGACGCCGACGAUGGAUGCACGAAACUGCACGAAAAUGGGCGGCGAAUGCUGUUCCAGGGAAUUCACCGACUACCCCGGCGCUGGUGGCAUGGGUUUAAUUAAUCCAAGGAAGUUGAAGAAAUCACGACAGGCUUACCAGGGCAACUGUUACCAGUGCUAUGAAUUCUUCACCGUCUGUCUCGUCGGCAACUGAAUAAAAUUCUCCAUUUCUUAUAAUCAAAUCCUUUUUUUUAAAACCAUAUUUUUAUCCUGUUGCAUCAAAUUAAAGUAAAGCAGCUGCAGCAACAGACACUGGGCAAUUUAUAUGACAAGCCUUUCAACACUCCCACGAUUUUUGAAAAUCAAAUUAUAGUCAAGUAUAUAAAAUAAUAAUGAAGUACAAUAUGUUGUGAUUUGUUAUUCAUUGCUGCCACAUUGAUGUUGAACGAUUGAAUAUCCUACAAAAUACUUUCUCUUAUAUUACCAAAGUCAAUACACAAUUUAAUUGUCUACUUAAAA